CCGUAAAAUUUACAACCCGUGUAGACUUUUGCAUUUCGAAACAACAGCUAAAAACGGUCCACUGCACCCAGUAUAGCAAUAGAGUUGUAUUAGAAAGACUCAGUGAUCUAAUAGCACGGUUGAAGAGAAGGCAGAGGAGCGGGGAUGCCGACCAUCACGCAAUCGGUGAAGUUCGACGACCAGCAUCUGCAGGACUUGGCGCUGAAGGCCCGCGGGAGAGGAAGCACGAAGCGAGGCUACCUCCUCAAGUCGGACCCCAAACAGAAGAAGAUGCACUCGCGCUACUGCUGCGUCUACCAGAAUUUCUUCUUCUAUUUCGAGAGCGAAUCUUGCACUCGGCCGCUGGGGGUGAUCUUUCUAGAGGCGACGCAAUGCAAAGAUGUUGCGUCUGUCGCCGGACAGAAAGAGGGAGGGUUCAAGAUUUGUACUGACAACGAGGCAGCCAAGCAGUACUUCUUCUGUGCCAAUACAGAGAAAGAGCGCGAAGAAUGGGUAGAUGCCAUCUCGAAUGCAAAUAUAUCACGAGUCCAACAUGAUCUGGAUGAACUGAGGUUGAAGUGUGGCCAAAUGGAGGCGUCUCUAGCAGCGAUGGGGGCUGAGCUGCAGCAUCUGAGAGACGUGAAUCAGAGAGCUCAGAACGACAUGAAACGAGCCGUGGGGUUGUCGCCACGACGACGGAAAUCGGGCUCAAACAGAUCUCAGUUUUCGACGAGACUCAGUUCCAGUCCGGUACCGUCCCAGUCCCAUUCCACCGAUACUGUGGAGCAGGCCAGAGAAGUGAUCCAGAGCUACGUCAAAGGUUGGCUCAUCAGAAAAAAGUGGAAAAGAGUCGUCAACGACUACCUCAAAACUCCGUCUGCUGACAUGAUUCGCAUGAGAAACAAGUUGCUGUGGAAGUUCAUAGCCUCAGAGGAAGACUACGUGAGCCAACUGAUGAUCUUGAAGGAGGAGUUCCACCAGCAGUGUCUCAUGGCAGCCAACUCUCGCUCGGCUCCUCUCUCACUCGACCAGUGUCACCAGAUCUUUCGCAACAGUGACGAGUUGGUGUUGCUGCACCAGCUGUUCCUGAGAGGACUACACCACCGAAUCGACCAGUGGCCAGUUGUCAUGCUAGAAGGGGAGGAAUUGAUUGAGAGAGGGGGAAGUUUUGGUUGGCCUUUUUGCAGCAGAAGAAAGGAAUGAAAGAUCCAGAAUUCCUAGAAGAUAAUGAUAUCUCCCUCUCCUUAAACCUACACUACCAUUUCAAAGUCAUCCGGAACUUUCCACUAGCCUGUUCAUUCACGGCAGGAAAUAAUGACAGGAAACCCAAAGUUUCAUAAUUCAAGAAUUUCCUCUGGUUUCCCCUCAGUCACUGUGUCUAGUGAUGAUAAUUAGCCUCAGGAAUGUCCGUUUUCAUUCAAUGGCUUUGUGUUUUAAUUGGGACUCUAGACUUGGAGUAUGAUGUAAUUCUCCUUGGAGUAUGAUGUAACAUGUAAUAAUAUCUUUGCUUGCUGCUGUUUCCAGGUGAUUUGCUGAAGCUGUUUGUACCAAUGAUGGUGGUGUACCAUGAGUACAUCUCCAGUCACAGCCACGCCAUUGAAACUCUGGUUUCUCUAACAGUGGACUCUUCGUUCAAAGACUUUCUCACCUUUCUCGAGUCAAAACCGGCUUGUCUUGGAAUGACGCUGGAGCAGCUGCUUUCUGUGCCUCUGAAAAGGAUAUCCACCCUGAUUCAGGACCUACAGGAGCUGCACGCCCACACCCCACAAGAGCAUGUCGACUACGACACCUUCCAGGAGAUCCGAGACGAACUGAACUGCAUACAGAAGGCCAUGAAUGAUGAGGAGUCGUGUCUCCAAACUGAGAACAUCAGGCGAGUGUUGGAGGUGGAGAGGAGGAUGGAGGGAGGGUGUGCCGCUCUGCUUGACAAAGACCAGACUCUUCUCAGAGAAGGGACACUGUACCAAGCGAGGACAGCGGAGGAACGCUCGAGUUCUCUCUCUCGAGGAUUUCGCCUUCGGACUCAGCCGAGAGUCUGUUUCCUGUUCUCCAAACACUUCCUCAUCACCACUCGCAUCCAGAAGAAGACAUCUGAGAUGUAUCGAGUCGUGAAGAUCCUCCCUCUCUGUAACUGCAGCGUGACCUCCCACGAGAACUGCGACAACCCGGAGCUCAGCUACAGAGCCAUCAAGAUCGUGCUGAAGGAAGACGAUGAAGAGCCAGAGACACACGUCCUCCUGGCCGGCAGCAUCACCGAGAAGGCAGAGUGGCUCGGAGACUUCGCUCAGAACAUCGAGAAUGAGAAACACAUGCGGAUCCUUGAGAGCCAGUGUCAAGGACAGCCGGCGGAACUGAGUUCAAAGUUCAUUCGCUACAGCACCUUCAAAAUGGGCAAAGAGCAGCUGGUGAACUCUGCGUCUCUGGACAAUCUGUUGCAGAGGGUGGUCAAAGUCAGCCAUCUCGGGCCUGACUUCCUCAACACAUUCUUCAUGACCAUGCCGCUGUACACUGACACCCACACCGUCAUGGAUUUCCUGCUCAAAUGUUACUACGAGUGUGUUGGGAGGAAAGAGAAGGGGCGUAGGGCCAGUCUGUGCCCCCAGGACGCCGUCCGAGGGGCAAGAGCAAUUCACGAGCGUCCAAGAGCGGCAAGCAUCCCUUCCAUCAUGUGCAACUCGACGGCCAAGACUCCGCCCCCCUUCUCCCCGUAG